UCUUCUCUCCUCCCCUUCCAGGACUUCCGCUUCCGGUUCUGACGGACGCUUCGGCCGUAACGAUGAUCGGGGACAUCCUGCUGUUUGGGACGCUGCUGAUGAACGCAGGGGCAGUGCUCAACUUUAAGCUGAAAAAGAAGGACACGCAGAGCUUUGGGGAGGAGUCGAGGGAGCCCAGCACAGGUGACAACAUCCGGGAGUUCCUACUGAGCCUCAGAUACUUCCGGAUCUUCAUCGCCCUGUGGAAUGUCUUCAUGAUGUUCUGCAUGAUCGUGCUCUUUGGCUCCUGAGCCCCAGACACACACCUUCCUGGGAACCAGGAACCACCUUCCCAGAUGCUGAGUCUCCCUUCCUCCGUUCCUGACAACUUCAAGAAUGGUUUUGACCGGAAAACCAGCGACCUUCCCAGAAAGCCCAAGUUCGUGGUGGGUGGAAAAAAAUGUUCGCCAAGCUGCAUACGGCUUCCCAGCCACGUCCUUGUUUUCUUUUCAAAGAUAUUUUCACUUUGGUUUCUGCGUUGAAAUG